UCCGUGUGUGAGUUAAGGAAAAUGGCUGAGGCCAGUAUUUCAGUAGAUCAGAAUCAGUUCAUCUGUCCAGUGUGUCUGGAUCUCCUGAAGGAUCCGGUGACUAUCCCCUGUGGUCACAGUUUCUGUAAGGUGUGUAUUAAUGGCUUCUGGGAUCAGGAGGAUCAGAAGGGCGUCUACAGCUGUCCUCAGUGCAGAGACACUUUCACUCCAAGGCCUGUUCUACGCAGAAACAACAUGCUGGCUGAAGUGGUGGAGAAACUGAAGAAGACUGAAGUCCAAGCUGCUUCUCCUGCUCACUGUUACACUGGACCUGGAGAUGUGGAGUGUGAUUUCUGCACCGGGAGAAAACACAAAGCCAUCAAGUCCUGUCUGAUCUGUGUGGCCUCCUUUUGUGAAACUCAUCUGAAACCUCACUAUGAAGUUCCUGCUUUGAAAAAACACACAUUAACUGAAGCUUCUGGAAAUCUACAAGAGAAGAUCUGCUCUGAACAUGAUGAAGUGUUGAAGAUCUACUGUCGUACUGACCAAAGGUGUAUUUGCUCUUUGUGCAUGUUGGAUAAACAUAAAGGCCAUGACGCUGUAUCAGUUACAGCAGGAAGAGCUGAGAAACAGAGUGAGUUAAAGGAGGAUCAGAUGAAAUUCCAGCAGAGAAUCCAGGAGAAGCAGAAGAAGGUGCAGGAGCUGAAACAGACUGUGAACACUAUAAAGCUCAGUGCACAGACAGCAGUAGAUGACAGUGAGAGGAUCUUUACUGAGAUGAUCAGCUCCAUGGAGAAAAAGCGCUCGGAGGUGAUGGAGCUGAUCAGAGCUCAGGAGAAGGCUGAACUGAGUCGAGCUGAACGACUCCUGGAGCAACUGGAGCAGGAGAUUGCUGAUCUUCAGAGGAGAGUCACUGAGCUGGAGCAGCUUUCACACACACACGAUCACAUCCAUUUCCUCCAGGCUUUAGCUUCUGGACGUCGGUCUCCUCCAAUUACCAGACCCAAUUUUGACACGUCCAGCAUCACUGUCCCUCAACAUCUGUCAUUUGAUGGAUUGAGGAAUUCUCUCUCAGAUCUGAAGAAGAGACUGGAGAAAUUCUGUGAGGAGGAAUUCAACAAAAUCCCUCCACAUGCUGCAGCAGUUCAGAUCAUUUCACCACCAGAGCCACAGAGCAGAGAAGAGUUUCUGAAAUAUUUCUGUUAUCUGACUCUGGAUCCCAACACGACACAUCCUACACUCAUUCUGUCUGAGAAGAACAGAGUGAUGAGAUACAGUGGGCGAGAGCAGCAGUACUCUGAUCAUCCAGAGAGAUUUGACUACUGGUUUCAGGUGUUGUGUAAGGAGAGUGUGUGUGGACGCUGUUACUGGGAGGUGGAGUGGAGCGGUGGGUUUGGUGGUGUUGUGUCCAUAUCAGUCUCAUAUAAAGACAUCAGCAGGAAAGGACUGGGUGAUGAGUGUUGGUUUGGACGCAACAAUCAGUCCUGGAGUCUGUGGUGUUGUUCUUCUUCUUCUUCUUCUCUCUCUUUCUAUCACAACAACAUUAAGACUGAUCUCAGAGUUCCAUCACCCUCCAGAAUAGGAGUUUAUUUGGAUCACAGUGCAGGAAUUCUGUCCUUCUACAGCGUCUCUGACACCAUGAAGCUCCUCCACAGAGUCCACACCACAUUCACUCAGCCCCUAUACGCUGGGUUCUGGGUUGGUUUACUAUCAGAAGCGAGGUUGUGUGAUCCAGAAUAAGAUGUAUCUGGUGUUUUGUGGUCAGUAACAAGUAGAAAUUGUAUCACAAAUGAUCUUAUAGAAAAGUGUUUCAUUUCAACAAGAUUCCACAUUAUAGAGAGAUCGUUCCUGAGCACCAAAGCACUAAAAUGUAAAUCUAAAACACACACACAGAAUAUUCAUUCUUUGUAAUGUGGUAAUCAUUUUAUUAUCCACAGACACUUACAGAAGUGAGUUUUAUAGGUUUUUAACAAUUAAGAACCUUAUUUUAAUGAAACAUUUAUAAACUUUACAAUAUCCUGGUUGUGUAAGUAUGUACAGCUUUAUAAUUGGGGGUGUGUCUGUGUUCAGAAUAAACCAAUCACAUUCAAUCUCAUGUACAAAAGUAAUUAUCAUCAGCUGUGAAUGUGAUGUUAUUCGGACAUUCUGGCAAAAAGUGAUAACAUGAAUCUCUUCAAUUAUUUUAAAACCGAUUCCAGUGACUCCUGAAAUAUGUAUGUUAGGUCUAAUUCCUGUCGGUAUAUCAGGAUCAAGAUACCAAAUUAAAAUGAUAGACAUCUGUUUAGGUCAAUGGCAUUUUAUUGGAAGAAAAUAGAAGGUCCAUCAAUUGGUCAUUGGUUAAAAGAUUUAUCACACUGUAUUGCUUUCGAAAAAUUGACAUACAGUAUUAAGGGUAAACUUAAUGAUUUCUAUAAAAUAUGGAAUCUUUUUAUACAAUUCCUUGAAAAUAAUGAAAUAGCGGUACAAGAAAUGUUAGUUUCCUCUCAAUGCAGUGAUUGAUGUAAACGUGAUGUACUUUUGUUUGAUGUGGUAAUAUUUGUCUGUCUUACCCUCCUCUUGCCUUGUGUAAUUGAACAUGUGGAUACUGGGUGGGAGGGUGGGGGUGUGUUUG